CUGCGGCACGCGCGAGGACGCUUGUCGCGCACCCUACAGAAGUGCAGGACUGGUGACCCAACAGUGUGAGUGACGUGACGAGUGCCGUCUACGCACAUGCGUGAAAUGGAAUGACCUAUAGUGAACGGAUCGUGACUUGUGAUGUCAUAGUGCUAGCGUGCCACUAAGUGAGUUCCGAUCGAGUUCGCGGAGUACACCCAGGAUUGGAAUCCGGCCGAUGUGACAGCGUGUCAAAAGCUUCACUGCCCACACAAAAGUUUAAAGCAUAACAAAAAGCUGGGACAAUGCCAGCGUCAAUAUCAGUACCGUAUAGAAGGACGAUAAUUGCGCGGAUUUCAUGGUGAUUGAACAAAGUGGACUAGAAAGAUGUCGGUACAAGCCAGUGUGGGUUAAAAAAAAGGAAAAAAUGGGCAGCAAAGGGCUCGGGGGAGAGGUGGUCGGAAUUUUCCUGGCCGUCAUUUUCUGCAUCGCUUGCCCUAAAUAUGUGUCAUCAGCCCAACGCGAGCUCGGCAAGGGUCUGCCGUCGAACGCAUCUUCGACCGCCCCGCCGGCCGGGUCGGUGGAGAACGCCAUCAGGUCGGGCCCGGCGGCUAUCGACCAGGCCAGGCCCACGCCCCGCACCGGACCUUACUUCGACCUGGUGGCGUCCAAGAACGUCACCGCACUACUCGGCAAGACGGCUUACUUGAAUUGCCGCGUCAAGAACUUGGGAAACAAAACAAUCAACAUGCAAGUGUCAUGGGUGAGACACAGGGACAUUCAUUUGCUGACAGUCGGCCGGUACACAUACACGAGUGAUCAGCGCUUUCGUGCUAUACACUUGCCACACUCAGAAGACUGGACUUUACAGAUAAAGUACCCGCAGCAUAGGGACUCGGGAAUCUACGAGUGUCAAAUAUCGACGACUCCGCACAUGAGUCAUUUUAUACAUUUAAAUGUCGUUGAACCGACGACGGAAAUAAUUGGCGGUCCUGACCUCUACAUCGAUAGAGGCAGCACUAUCAACCUGACCUGCGUGGUUCUGUAUUCACCAGAGCCACCAGCAUACAUAUUUUGGAAUCACAAUGAUGCCAUAAUAAGCUAUGAUUCCCCGCGUGGAGGCGUGUCGGUUGUGACUGAAAAGGGGGAGACUACCACCUCCUUCCUGCUCAUCCAGCAGGCUCGGCCCUCGGAUUCGGGGACCUAUCAAUGCAACCCGAGCAACGCUCAGUCAAAAAGCGUGGUGGUGCAUGUUUUAAAUGAAGCAAACUCCAUUUUUCCUUUAUCAGGUGAGUACCCUGCGGCGAUGCAGCGCGGCGGGCAGGCGUUUGCGCCGACCUCCACUACGCACUGUCUCGUCCUGGCCGCCUGCCUCUUCAUCACGCUGUCUUGACACCUACACACUAUUGACAACAUGUAAAUAAAACGAUAUCCACCUAAUUCGCCAGUCUAUAGUCACCGUUACGAACUCACACCACAACUUCACUUCCCGAGUACGACGUAAGCGUGACUAUACACUGGCCGAAUUACACUCACUAUUUUAUAGUAUGGGUUGUGUUAUGUACAAUAUAAAUAAAUCGCUGAGCGAGUAGCGUAUGCUUGUUUCGUAUAGAGAAUUUGUAUAUACUGUACUAUAAAAACUAAGCUUAUUUAUUGUUGUGUUUUUUAAUCUGUGGAUACAAUUAGGUGUUUUGUUUUCCAUUUUCUAGCUCCGUCAACUUAAAAUGGGAUCCUGCGUAUAGUUUUGUAAUUAAGAAUCCAAAUGUUCUAAUGUUACAUUAUCGAGACCAUGUCUGUAGAAUUCGUCAUUAUAUACAGUGAUACAUGAUAACAUACCUAUCUAUGUAAAGGAUCUGACGUCUAGGCUCAGCGCACACCGGGAGAGGCACGGCUAAGAAGGUACUGAGAAGUCGACAAUUUCAGUUAAACCCUAAUUUUUAUAACAUAAGUUUUAAAUUUUCAUGGUAAAUAUGCAACAAUACACACGCGGCGUACAGCACUGGGAAGCGGCCAAGAGAGCCAGCGCAUGGCUGUUCCGCUCCGUGGCUCUUAGCUGCGCUCGAAGUCGCCGCGCUUAGUAUCUUUGCCGCGCCUCCCGGUGUGCUUUGUGCCUAAAGUAAACAUUAGAAUCUGAAAAAUAAAGAUAGUUACACAGGAAUGUAUAAACAGCUGACAAUACUACGAUAAAACACAAAGUUUAGGAAGAGGACUGUACAUAGUUAUAACUAAAUAUAAAGUUAUACGAUCAUACUAUUUAGCUUUACAUAAAAUCGUUUAAGGGAAAUGUACAUUGUAAGUAAAUAUAGUAUUUUAAUGGUGGAUUCCAAACAGUUUUGUAAAUAUUUCACAUAAAGAACUUACCCAGACAGGUUGGAACUAAAGUUGAGAAAAAUAGUUAUGCG